AAUUAUCACCUGUUAUUAAACUUGUACUAAACCGUUUUGACAGUUUCGAUUCCACCCCAAAAUGAAAAAGAUGGAAAUUAGAAUCUGCAGAGAGAAAUGAAGAAAUCAUAGUUAGAGAACCAAAAGCAAGCAUGAAUCCGUACGAUGAACAGAGGUUAAGAGACGAAGUGAUCUAUCUACAUUCUCUCUGGCACCAAGGCCCUCCUCAACAACCAAUUCAUUCUUCAUCCUCCUCACAUCUACAACCUCUCCUCCAUCGUCGUCCAUUUGCACCCUACCACACCAGAUCCCUCCCUCCUGUCACUACCACCGCCUUCAAGAAAACCAAAAAUCAAAAGAGGAAGAAAAAGAAAGAACCAAAACCCGAUUCACUAGAAUGGCGGGGCCCUCAGUCAUCCGACUCGCCGCAAAUAGGUUGGCCAGAACCAAAACCGCGAUCGGAUCCUCCUCCUCCUCUUCAACCUCAAGAGAAAGAGAGGCUCUCUGCGGUACAAGCACAGAACAAAGCUUGUAUAGCUCUCAAGGAAUUUCUGAGUGGUUCCGGUUCCGGUGAUGAAGAAGACGACAAUGAAGAAGACCAUGACGAUGACGAUGAUGACAGUGAUGCUAGGUUGGUAGAGUUUGAGGAGUUUUUCAUUAGGGUUUUCAUAGAGGAUAAUGAACUGCUCGAGUAUUACCAGAGGUGUUUUGAGAAUGGAGAGUUUUGCUGUUUGGUUUGUGGUGCUGGGAAGAAAUCUGGGAAGAAGUAUAAGGAUUGUAUUGGUCUUGUUCAACAUUCCAUUUCAAUUUUGAGGACUGCUAAUAAAAAGGCUCACAGGGCUUUUGGACAGGCUGUGUGUAAGGUUUUGGGUUGGGAUAUUCAUCGUCUUCCGACUAUUGCCAUUACUGCGGAGCCUCUUCGGUGUUCAACGGAGGGUAAGAAAAGUGUUGCUGCUGAUGAUGAUGGAAAGGAUGGUUCCAGCCAAAAAGAAGAUAUAGCUGUGUCUUUGGAGCAUGUUGCGGACUCUGUUGAGGAGCAUGUAAAAGAGACUGAUCAGAGUAUUGGUGAUUGUUCUUCCAAGGAAGGUGAUGCAAAAGGGGUGGAUAUUGCUAUGGAAAAUGGAGAAGGAGGAACCAAAUUUGAGGGUGAUAUUAAGGAGAAAGUUGUGUCUGCGCAUGAUGAUGAACCAGUUGAGGAUGAUGAACGAGGAGUUGAUCAGAGUAAUAGCGAGGUUAUCAAAUUAUAAUAUCAGGUUUGCCUUUCUGGAAAAAGGAGAAAACAAAAUAGCUGGAUGAAGAAACUGUUGGCUAUUAGUGAUAUCUGAUUAACUUGUAUCACAAGUAACAAAAAUAUUGUGGAUUUCUUCUUCCCAUUUAAAAAUGAAUGCAGCUAACCACUUCACUUGUA